AUGGGGAGCUAUGUAGAGAAAGCUCGUGAGAAUCACGUCAAGAAGAAGGUCGAAGAAGCACUGCGUAGCAAGAUGAAGGCAAAGGCAUUGAACGAAUGUGAUCAGUAUGUUUCAAAGUAUGCGGAAUGCGCAACAGGAAGAACGUUUUCUGUGGUAUGGUCAUGUCGUAAGCAAGCUAAAGAGCUCAACAAUUGCCUCCAUCAAUUCACCAAUGACAGUGUUUUGGAGGAGAUGAAGCGAGAGUACAUGCUUCAAGAAGAGGGCAAAGUCUCAGCAUCGGCCAUAUAA